UACAUCACGGAGAUGUCUAUUUGACGUCUGCAUUUACAUCUGGAAGACAUAUUUUUUAAAGUGUUUGCUCAUCUGCAAUACAUCUAUAGGACGUUUCCUAUCAGAUGUCAAACAGACAUCUAUUAGAUAUCUUUAAGAUGUUUGUGACUUAGAAUGUAUGUAAAACUGACAUCUUAUAGACGUCUGUCAGAUGCUUGUACACAGCAGAUGCUUUCCAGAUAAAGUGAUCUUUAACAGACAUCUUGCAGACGUACAUGUGCAAUCUUGGGUGUAUCUUUGGCUAUUGCUGCAAAUAAACCCGUGCUACUUCCCUAAUAGCUCAUGUACCUCACAGUGACGUCUGUUUGAUGUCUGCAUUUACAUCUGCAAAAUGUAUUUUUUAGUGUUUGCUCAUCUGCAAUACGUCUAUUGGACAUUUACUAUCAGAUGUCAAAUAGACAUCUAUUAGAUGUCCUUAAGAUGUUUAUGAUUUAGAAUGUACGUAAAACUGACAUCUGUCAGACGUUUGUACACAGCAGAUGCUUUCCAGAUCAAGAGAUCUUUAACAGACAUCUUGCAGAUGUACGUGUGCUAUCUGGGUUAAGACUGGUUUUGUGGUCCAGGGUCACAUAUUUACCAUGUAUUUUUACCAUAUUUACCACAUAUUUACUAUUUCCAAAAACUGAUAAUUAGUUCAAACAUAUUCACAAUUAAAUAAUUACCCAUAAUGGGACUUCAUUCACUAGUUUUUUAAAAAUGUAAAUUUAGACACUGGACGUUUCCACAUGUAUUAAUGUAAUUUUAUGUUUUGUUGGAAAUAACAAUAUAGCACAUUUCAAAUGAGCAUCAUUACAAAUAAAGCAACUAAAUAUAACAGUUAUAAUCAUCCAAAACUGCAUCGGCCUCCACAACUACACCACUGUAUUGUUUACCUUUAUCGACAAGCGACUAUUCAUGCCUGGUUAUUAUCCCGCUCUACUCCAUCUUAACUCGAUAAGCGAGCCUGUCAUAUAGCGCACUUGAAUGUAUUGUAUACGUCAACUGGCAGCCAACCGAAAUGGGACAAAAUAGGAUGAAUGUAAUUUUUCUUCAAACUGGGAAAUCGUGAUAUUAAGUGAGGUGAAAGGUAAAGCGGGCUUGUUUCAUUUAAAGAUUCUUUUGUGAAUGCGAGUGUUAUUUGCAGGCUGCUCAGGCUAACCGGAUACCUUCGCUGUCUGCUUGCAGUGCGCUGUGAUGGUCAUGGUGUUAAUGAUGGAAUCGCAAUGCGAGUACUUUAUGUAUUUCCCGGCCGUCCCCAUCUCAGACCUGUCGGACCCGGCUAAAUACCGCACGCUCCCGCGUCGCAGUCACCUUUAUCUCGGGGAAACCGUGCGCUUUCUCCUGGUCUUGCGCUCUCAGAACGUCGCGUCGGUGUCAGGAUCGACCGGCACUGCGGCAGCUGAUGGCAGCGGCUCGGAGCAUCACAGCAGUCGCUCCUGGAGGGAGCUGGCCGGCUCCCUCUGCGCCGUGGCCAGCGUCAGCCCCGGCGACAACCGACAGCGGACGCAGCCUCUGUAUCACGACUACCACAGCAGCGGGGACGAGUGUGUGGAGGAUACGGACGAUGACGAUGCUGCGGAGGUGGGCUGCGCAGGUAGAGGGGGCCCGAGGUACCGGGGCUUCAGGGAAUGCAAACCGCUCCUCAUUCACAACAACCCCGGCAACGGCGUGAGGGAAUUCCGGAAGGCUCCUGUACAGUCUCCUGUGGAUGAGCCAGUUGUUUUAAGCGAUGAGGUCAUCUUUCCCCUGACUGUGUCCCUGGAUAAGCUCCCUGUCAACACUCUCAAAGUAAAGAUAAUUGUGACUGUGUGGAAGCAAGAAGAGGAGAAAGCUGAGAUCCAAGAACAUGGCUACCUCAGCAUCCUCCAACAAAAGAGCCCCUGCCAAACAUUCCGCCAGGAUCUGAACACCUUCAAAGCACAGGUCAGCACCACACUUAACGUCCUGCCUCCUCCGACUGUAAAGUGUCAACAAAUGACAGUCUCAGGGAGACACUUAACUGUCCUCAAAGUGUUAAACGGGAGUUCUCAAGAGGAAGUGUGUGUGCGAGACCUCAAAAUCCUUCCCAACUUCAAUGCCUCAUACUUACCAAUGAUGCCAGAUGGCUCGGUGCUGCUGGUGGACAAUGUUUGUCAUCAGUCAGGAGAAGUUGCUAUGGCAUCAUUUUACAGAAUGGACAGCGAAUCUAGUCACCUUCCCAGCACACUCAGUGCUCUAGAAGAGCAGAACUUUCUCUUCCAGAUGCAGCUCAAUAACCAGCCACAAGAUGAUUCAAAUGAGGGACUAGAGGUGCCAUUAGUUGCAGUCUUGCAGUGGUCCACUUCUAAACUGCCCUUCACCAACUCUAUCUACACUCACUAUAGUCUCCCUAGCGUGAGACUGGAUCGGCCACGCUUCAUUAUGACUGCCAGCUGCCCCAGUGCGGUCAAGGCUCACGAGCAUUUCCGGGUGCGAUAUACCCUCCUAAACAACUUGCAGGACUUUCUAGCAGUCCGACUAGUGUGGACUCCUGAAGGUCGCGGACAGAAAGAAGAUCCGGCAGUGAAUGCAGUGGUGUGUCAUUCUCCUCUCAGUAACCUGGGUUACUGUCGAAAAGGCAGUACCCUUUCUGUUAGUGUGGCUUUCCAGAUACUCCGAGCAGGUCUUUUUGAGUUGAGUCAGCACAUGAAGUUGAAGCUACAGUUCACAGCGUCCGUGUCCAACCCUCCCCCUGAUGCCCGUCCACUGUCCCGCAAGAACAGUCCGUCGAGUCCAGCAGUCAGAGAUAUUCUGGACCGACAUCAAGCCAGUCUCAGUCUGGGCCGCUCUCAGUCCUUUUCUCACCAGCAACCAUCCAAGUUUCACCUCACAAGGACAGGCAGUGUUAUGGAGCGCAGGGCCAUCACCCCUCCCGUGGGCUCUCCUGUUGGUCGGCCGCUGUACCUCCCUCCUGACAGGAACAUCUUAUCACUUGACAAAAUUGCCAAGCGUGAGUGCAAGGUGCUGGUACUGGAUUCACACACCUAAAUGCACCAAUAUACACACACAUGGAGAGGAAGUAGGGAUAUUUUUGAACUUUGGGAAAGAACCAUGUGUCAUGAAGUAGUGUAAGUGGUUUAAGGUCUGUCACUUUCAGUUCAAUAUGUAUUUAUUUAGUUUUCAUUUUACCAGCAUUCAUUGUUUACAUGCUGUACAGUACGAUUAUUUCAAAUAAUUUCAGUGCAGUUUACAUGCAGCUACUGUUUUUGACAAUUUUGACAGAAGGAAUGCGAAAAAAGCAUAAACACACAGGGUUUUUAUUGUUUAUUCACUGGAGUCAUGAAGUUCUGAAACUUGUGUUACAUACAAGUUAAAAAAAGUGUAUUGAUGGCUGUUUAAAGGAAGAAUGGAUGGUUAUGGUUAGUCAUACCCAGACCCACUUGGAAUCUGUGUGCUCAAAAACUGGUUCUCCACAGGACCGGCCCCAUGCAUUCUUGUUUAUUUAAAGGGACAGUUCACCCAAAAAUUAAAAUUCUGUUAUUAAUUACUCACCCUCAUGUCGUUCCAAACCCUUAAGUCCUUCGUCCAUCUUCUCAACACAAUUUAAGAUAUUUUUGAUUAAAUGUGAGAGCUUUCUGACCCUGCAUAGACGGCAACGCAACUGACACGUUCAAGGCCCAGAAAGGUAGUAAGGACAUCGUUAAAAUAGUCCGUGUGACACGGAAGAGAAGAAAUUGUUGACUAAAGUUGUUAGUUUUGGUUUCAUUGCACACAAAGUGUUUUCGUAGCUUCAUAAAAUUAAGGUUGAACCACUGAUGUCACAUGGACUAUUUUAUCGAUGUCCUUACUUCGUUUCUGGGCCUUGACCGUGUUAGUUGUGUUGCUGUCUAUGCAGCAUCAGAAAACUCUCAGAUUUCAUAAUAAAUAUCUUAAUUUGUGUGAAAAUGAACAAAGGUCUUACAGGUUUGGAACACCAAGUGAUUGAGUAAUUAAUGACAGAAUUUUCAUUUUCAUCAUUAAUUUGGUAAUGUUUUCAGCUACAGAUGAGUCUAACUCUCUAAUAAACACAUUUUGCUGUGUUUAAAUCUAUUCUGUAGAUUUGUCUCCCAAAAUCAGCACAAAAAUGAAGAAUUGAGCAGAUUUCAUCUGGGCCUAGUCAUAUCCAUUGUAAAGCAUGCCACAUACAAAUCCAUGUUUUUCUUUGUUUACUACUUACUAUUAGAUGAAUAGUAUUUCAAUAGUAGUUUGAAUGUCUUUACAUUUCAUUUGUCAAUACUGCCAACAUUUCCUUGCCUAUAUUUAAUUCCUCUUUGAAUUCCUUUUUGGAAAAGUGCUUUUAUUGUUUUUCUUUAAUACUUGAAAGAUGUUUGCAAUGUUGUGCCUGUGAGCAAUCAGAAGGUUUCUUUUAUUUUCAGUCCUGUACACUGGAAUGUUUUUGGUCUGGCAUUUACCUGUACUGCACCUUACAUUGUAACUGUAGUGCCGCCCUCUAUAUCACCAAUAUCGUGUGCGUGUUGUUAAAUUAUUAUUAUUAUUAUCCAAAUUAUUUUAUUGUUGUAAUGUUAACACUCCAGUUCAUCAAGCUGUUCCAUCUAUACGUUUCCCAUGUAAUCACACACAACCUUUCAAUACCAAAUCAAGUCAUGUCUGGUUCUUGAAGGUGGAGCUUGUGUUAUUGGCAGAUGCCAUUUUAUUUCUGCUCCUCCCUUCAUGGCUUUAGAGAUAUGCUGUCACGGUCCUACUGCAGUGUGUGUUCUCUAAAAUGCGGGAUCGUUUUUCUUUUGCUCCAUAAUUAUCUUGCUUGAUUUCUGGGAACAAAUUUCCAGUAAGCAUCAGGGCAGAUGCUGGUCAUACAGUAGUAUUGAUUUCUAUGCAUUUACACUGAACAUCAGACUUUCACAGAAAGCUUGAUAUGUACAACCCCUCAGGCUGUAGUGAUAAUCAAUAAUCAACCGACGUAAAGCAUCACUCCAUUGUGCCAUUUAAUGGGGUUAUGAUUGAUUUCUUUUUAUCAAUGUUUACAUUUCUGUGCACAUGUGAGGACUACUGAUUAAUCCUGGGGACUGAAAAACCUUUUCCUUCAUUGUGGAAUGUUGCACACGGUUUUAAAUUGUGUCUGAAUAUAGGAUCUUGAAUGUUUCAUUUUUUUCAGACUGAUAUGUUUAGACAGACAAAUGUAACAAUGACCCAAAACCGUAUUGUGGAUGUAGAUAAUAUGUUUUAAUAUAAACACUGUGAUGUAUUUUAAUUUCCAAAUUCUCGUUUCAUUUCACUGGUAAUUUCCAUAUUUGCAUCUUGGCCAGUUUUCUUGUUUUGGACUAUGUAAUUGUUAUUGUUUUACAUUGAACUUGUGAAGAAAGGUUGCUUGGCACAAUUAGAUUUUCUUGCAGAACAAAAAGAUUUGGACUAUCAUGUUUAUUUUUUUGGAAGCACUUUAUUUAUUUUUUAUUUUUUUGGAGGAAAAAGAAGGAAUGUUUAAAAGACUGGUGGCUGGAUCUUAUGUUUUCCUGAACAGCAUGGUUAAAAAACUCAAAACUUCCAAAACAUUUGGAUUCUGUUUUUUUUUUUUUUUUUUUUUUUUUUUUUUUUUUAAACUUGACAAGGCAAAACACAGAACAAUUGUUAACUGAUAACUCUAACCGCUGGAUUUACUCCCAGCCUGUAUAAAUAGCUUGAGGUUAGAAGUUAUGUAAAAGGUAUCAGAGCUGUUGAGGCAAUAUCUGUUGAGUAUUGUGCUUGUAUUGUUUGUUUGGACUUUGCCAAGACCCACCAAGAAGCUCUUCUGGAGGAAAGUCCUUGUGAAACUCAAUCAUUUAGAUAGCUGGUCGAGCAAGGCAAUUUUUACUUUUCUCUUGUAUGAACUGCUGCUUUGCACCUUUUUUGUUUUUAUAUGCCUUUAAUUAUGCUGUUUAAAGUGUUAACAAAAGUGUUCAGAGUUGGUGGAAAUAUUUGUUUAUGGAUAUUGGAUUGUUGCACUUGAACAAGUUAAAUAAAAGCAGUCAGGGCAUAAA